AUGUGUUGCAACUACUAUGGUGGCUGUGGCUACAGCUCUGGCUGUGGCUAUGGCUCUGGCUGUGGCUAUGGCUCUGGCUACGGCUGUGGCUAUGGCUCUGGCUACGGCUGUGGCUAUGGCUCUGGCUACGGCUGUGGCUAUGGCUCUGGCUACGGCUGUGGCUAUGGUUCUGGCUACGGCUGUGGCUACGGUUCCGGCUAUGGCUGUGGCUAUGGCUCCCGCUAUGGCUGUGGUUCCCACUAUGGCUGUGGCUAUGGCUCUGGCUAUGGCUCUGGCUAUGGCUGUGGCUACGGCUGUGGCUAUGGCUGUGGCUAUGGAUCUGGCUAUGGUCAUCGCUAUGGCUGUGGGUAUGACUCUGGUUGUGGAUAUGGCUGUGGAUAUGGCUCCAAUUAUGGCUGCGGAUAUGGCUCUGGCUGCUAUGGCUAUCAGCCAUUUUCCUACAGAAGAAGCUAUUUUUCCUGCUACUAG